AUGGCCCACGACUUGCAAGUCCUCCCACAGGGCGCUGGCUAUGGAAUAGUCAUCGGCAUUGGAGGCGUGUUCGCCUUAUUCAUGUUGUUCUUAACAUGGCUGCAAAACCGGUAUACCACCUUUUCGACGCACCAAGCGGAGGAGUUCAAUACGGCCUCUCGAUCAGUGAAACCCGGCUUGAUCUCAGCAGGGAUCGUCUCAUCCUGGACAUGGUCAGCCACGCUCCUGACAAGUUCGACAUUCGCCUACAAUUAUGGUGUCUGCGGAGCAAUGUGGUACGGUGCUAUGGGUACCCUCCAGAUCCUGCUGUUUGCGUUGAUUGCCGUCAAGAUCAAGACCAACGCCCCCGGUGCACAUACAAUGCCUGAAAUCGUCCUGUCCCGUCAUGGGACAACCGCGCAUAUCACAUAUCUCUGCUAUGGGCUGGCGACCAACAUGCUGGUCGGAGCAAUUCUGGUUCUGGGAGGCGCUCAGGUCGUCGAGGCUCUCACCGGGAUGAAUGUCUACGCAGCGAACUUUUUGAUUCCUCUCGUCGUUGCGGCGUACGUCAUCGCGGGAGGCUUACGGUCGACCUUUAUCGCCGAUUAUACACACACGGUGAUAUUGUUUGCUGUGAUACUCAUCUUUGGCUUCCUGGUCAAUGCCACGAGUGAUCUCGUGGGAAGUCCUGGCAAGCUUUACGACUUGCUGAUAGAAGCCUCGGAGAAGAGGCCGAUCGCGCGAAACACCGAAGGCUCGUAUCUCACUUUUCAUUCUAUUGAGGGUCUCAAAUUCGCUUUUGAUAUUCUCAUCUCUGGCUUCUCGACCGUGUGGCUUGACCAAGCCUAUUGGCAACGGGCUAUCGCAUCGAGACCGGAGACGUCUGUCAAAGCGUAUAUUUUGGGAGGCAUCGCCUGGUAUGGAAUCCCUUUUGGCUUUGCGACGUUUAUGGGCCUGGGCUGUGCAGCCCUGACUAGCAACCCUCGAUUCCCUACUUAUCCCAAUCCUCUGACAGCGGAGCAAGUUAACGCGGGUUUAUCUUCCCCGAGCACUGCCAUCACAGUGUUAGGACAAGGCGGCGCGGUUCUCAUGCUCAUUCUCCUCUUCAUGGCUGUGACGAGUUCUACUUCAGCGGAACUCAUCGCAGUCUCCUCCCUGCUGACUUUCGACAUCUACAAGACAUAUUUCCGCCCGAACACAAGUUCUGCAAUGCUCGUACGAGUCAGCCACUGGGGGAUUGCACUCUUUGCUCUUAUUCUUGCUGCAUUUUGCUCCAUCCUCAACGCAGCAGGCGUCAGUCUGACUUGGCUUCUGACGUGCCUGGGUGUACUUGUCGGUGGUGCCGCUCUGUCUGUCGGCCUCAUUCUUCUCUGGGAUCGAAUGUCCACGGUCGCAACGGUAGUGGCACCAUGGGUUGGCCUCGGCUGCGGAUUGAUUGCAUGGUUUAUUACGGCCUGGAAGCGAUCGAAUGUUAUCGACAUUAGCACGACGGGCGACACCACCAACGCGCUGGCAGGAGACGUUACAUCAUUUGGCACUGGUGCCGUAACGGCUGUGAUUCUAAGCUAUGUCUUCCCUGGAAAGCGCAAUUCCAGCAACCUUGGACAUGUCGAGCAAACAAGCACGGUUUCCGGAGUCUCAGUUCAGGAGCCCGAAUUGCAGAGCAAACAGGUUACCACAACAGAAGAAAAAGAUGCUACAUUGUCUCCCCCUGACGCAGCCAGAUACCAAGCAGAGUUGCAACCCAAGCAAGCGAAACUAGUCUCAACUGGCAACGAACUAGUCGACUACCUCGAAUCGAAGCAAAUAGAACCCAUGGACGCGGACCUUGCGAAGAAAAGCGAGCGUCUCGCCAUGGUAGCCAACGCCGUCUUCUUCUUCAUCGCCGUGAUCCUGGUUCCCUUUACUUUAUUCGGGACGAAGUAUAUCUUCAGCAAACCGUUCUUUACGGGGUGGGUUGUUGUGUCGUUUAUUUGGGUGUGGGUUAGUAUGAUUAUAUGCGUUGUGUAUCCGGUGGUUGAGAGCGCAGGUGCGCUUCGGGAUAUCUCGAGGGGCGUAUGGAUGGAUUUGCGGUCGUUGGUGGGAUAUAGGAAGGGCAAGGUGAAUACGGGUAUAGAAUCCAUGGGAGCAUGA